AUGUAUCGUCAUUAUCUGUUUAAAGAAAUAGCUUUUGGCAAACCUGGUCAACAAGGUUUUCACAGUGAAGAGGAAGUAACAUCUAUAAAAGUAGUUUCUGUUAAGGGAUAUACGAUUUUGGAGACCAGCGAUUAUGUAUGCGUUUUAUCAAAGGCACAGGAACGUAUACUAUUAAACGUUGCCGCAAUGCACCACUUAUACUUGACGAACGAUCGACAGUUUUAUGCCAAUCGCGAUAAACAGCAACACGAAACGUUUUUAUGUUUACAUACGGAAUUGGAGGAGGAGAAGAAAGGUGAGGAUAUAAUAGCAAAAAGUUUUUUAUGUCAACAAAUGCCAACAGGACGUUGGGUUAAGCUUGAUCUAGCCACCUCUUCGUCAUCAGUUUUUAAUAACAUGGUAAUACUCUCCAAACUCCAAAAUAGACAGUCUACCAAUUUAAUAGAAGCUUUAGAUUUUACAAAACACUAUCGUCCUCAUUGUUUUGAAGAAUUUUCAACAGGUUGUGUGGGAUGGCUUGUUGUGCCGAAUUUGGUAACUAUCAAUGAUAUAAUCAGUUUUCGCAAAAAGAAGAAUUUGAAACCUGUAUUGACCUGGGAAGAUAUUGGAGGUAUUAUAUGGCAAAUGAUCAAUGGUUUAGAAUUUAUUCAUCGUAAUAACAUUGUACAUAUGCAGAUUUGUGGAAAAAAUGUUUUUUGCGACAGUGAUUUAAACAUUAAAAUAGGCAAUUUUCACUGCGCACGAUCACCAUCAGCAUUAAAAAAACUAAUUAGGAGACCUGGUGGUAUUGAGAAACUGAAAGGUAUUGCUUAUCUGUAUCCUCCUGAGCUCUAUUCACGUUAUCCUCAACAAACUUUAUCUGGUGCUGUUGACAUAUGGGGGUUAGGCAUGUUUGCUAUGGAAAUGUUUCUGGGAGUACACCCGUUAGAAUCUCUUUGUGUACAUUCCGAUUCGUUACGUAUCGUAAAAGUUUGGAAUCAAAAUAGUGAAGGUGCUGACUAUCAGACAAUCUUCGCCUCACUUGACCAGUGUUCUUUGCCUGAAGAUGAAGCAGCAAAAGCAUUUCUCGGUAUGACAGUACACACAGACCCCAAAAAAAGGGGAAAUUUAGAAACUUUACGUUAUUCCUAUUUGUGUGAUGUUAAAAGCAAACUUUCGGCAUUCCAUAAAACAGUGAAGGAAGCAGAAAUCAAAGAACCUCAUCGUUUGCUUGAAAUGUUCAGGAAAUUUGAUGAUGUUCUUGACGAAAACCUUACUGGUAAAAUCUUGGAGUAUUUAUUGGAUAAAGUUCAAAAUUGUCUAGUUUCAUCUGCCACUUCAGUUCCUGUUUGUCUUUUUACUCCAGAACCGGAGCAUAUUGCUGAGUGGAUUGGUGUAGCCGUUAGUAACAUAUUUAAAUUCUGCUGCUUAAUGCAGAACUCUGAGUUGACUCGUGAGCAAGAAAAUGUGCAAAUUUUGCUGAAAAGAGGGAUAGAAUUGUGUGUUUACGGUUUGAUAUUGAUAGCGACUAUUGCCAUAGAAGGUGUAGCCGCUUUUGCAACCAGAUUUAUGCUAGCAAUUCAACGCUAUUUCGAUGAUCUUAUACAACUUAAACAGAAAUCACGUUUGAGACGCGUCGAGGCUGCCCAAAUGCCUUCUGCAGCUGGUGCUUCUUUGGAAACUAUGGAAUUGCUUAGUUCGAUUAACCAACAACUUAAGCAGCAAGGACAGCAACCAUUACUGCAAAAUACGGUGCCGCUUAAAUUGGAAGGGUAUCUUGCGGAUAUAAACGAAAAUCAGUUUACUAAAAAAAGAUUUCCUUGGAGCUCGCCUGAUUAUGACUUCUGCAUUCUACAAUUUUGUUCUUCGUUAGAAGCGUCAAUUGUUGCUGCAUCUGAGCGAGAAUUUCGCGUUCGCAAUAAGCUAAUGGCAGUUGGAGAAAUCAAAAAUUGGGAUUCAUUUAUUUCUUCUUUUUUACCAAUUAUAGAUUGUAAAAUCGACUCUUCAAUCAUAGCUACUAAUUACCUCAGAGCAGCACAUUUUUUGACUAUGGUGGCGUCGGCGCAGACAACAAGUCCUGAUUAUAUUCGGAGAAUUCUAAUUGUCAGGAGUAGAUAUAAGAGUUUAGAAACUUCAGAAAAUCGUUGUCAUUCUGAACGCGUUGAAGUGGGCUUCCAAAGAAGAGUUAGAAAAAGAAGGAAAACAGACGAAUUUGAGGAGGAUUGGAGUCCGUUGAGCAUAAGCGCAAAAAAUUCUGCGAGCAGCUUUGCGAAGUUAGUAAAUGACGACGAAACAAAGACAUCAGAGUACCCCGGAAGUCUCGCAGAUACACUUACGCCGACCGAGAAGUGCAAACGGGCAAAGUCUCCUUUAGGCAAUAACAGUUCAAAAAGACGGUGGCGAAACUUGAAACAGACAAUGGCUACAGUUUCCAGAUUCCAUUCUGUUAUCGCGGCGAAGAAAGCGUUUCGAGAUUGUAAUAGCAAGUUGGAAAUUGCUAGGUUUAGGCUUAUCCGUGAUGAAUUGUUUAGGCAGGCGGACACUUUAGAAGUAAGAGAAACUGGUUUUCCAAAUGACAAGUUUCUCCUUGUUACAUUUGAUCCAUGGCCAAAAUUGCACCCUGGGACUGAACUCACUCCUUUGACCUUUUGA